UUUCAAAAACCAUGUCUCCCCCAUUUAACACAAGAUGCCGAAAGAGAAAAAAAAAGACCAUGCCCAGAUGAGGCUCUGCACAACCCCAACCAUGAAAACAGUCCUCCCAACAUCAUCCACUGCAAAAUCGAGCACUACCACCACCACUACUAUGGCGGAGGAACGGUCCGAAACCCGAGACAGCUGCUACUUCCCCGGAUGCCGAAAGGAUGCCAACUGUAACUGUGAAAUGUGUCUGGACAGCAUCAGUGCCACCCUUGACCUCUUGCCUGCCAGCAUUCAAAGAAGCACCCUCACCAAGCUUUCCGCUCCCAAAACGGUGGAAAGAACCCCGGUUUCCUUCAAUUCUUCCGUUAUGUCGACCCCGGAAUCGGGUACCAGUAAGACUUCCUUGUCUCCGGCUGUUAGGUCCACUGCAAGAGUGAGUUUGGAGCAGAAGAUGAAGAAGAGGAAGAGAGUGUGGAGAUUUGGGCUUUAUUUCUGGCGACUGGUCGUGGGUGUUGGCUUGAUUUUUGCAGCGGAAUUCGGAUUUUCUUGGGGGGUUUCUAGGGUUUUAAGGCCUGAAUUGUCAUGGGAUAUAGUGAGGAGUGUUGGUGAGAGAUCUUGGGUUGUGAAAGAUUUGAAUGAGAAGGUGGGAUUUCUGCAGAAUCAGUUGCAGGGUUUUGUCGGCGGCGAGGUUUCAAACUGCAGCUAUAUUGAUUCUACGUGGGAAGUGAGCCAGGAUGGUUUGCUAUUGAAUUCUCGAUGUACAUUGUACAAAUCUGUGACGGAGGAGGUUACCAUCUGGGGAUGGCCCUUGCAGACUGCGGGAUUGCUCGCCACCGGACUUUCCUCUCGAUCAUUCACCAUUUUAUCCGGCAGAGUUACAGAGUGGCCAGAUGGGAGGAUCAGAAAUUUGCUUCGAAAGGCAAACAGUUCUUGGACACACAAAAAAUGGAGUGCUUCUGUGGUGCAAUUAGAUCCAAAUACACUUGUUCUUGAGUAUCGUCGGAGCUCUAUAUUGGAAAGCUCAAGAUUGUUUUCAGCAGCACUUGAGUUCUUGAGAUUCUGGAUGUGUAGAAUGGUUGAAAGGAUGAAGCAGGAGUUCUGGGUGUUGUCUGUUUUUGAAAUCAAGUACAGUGAUUUUACAGCAAAAGAGAGUGACAGAAUCCCAACAUAAUCAAACUUACGGAUAUUAGAUGGGUUUUGUCCUUUCUCAGCCAAUUUUCACUUCUCAUUCCUUGUGAGAACUUCUGAAUUUUUUCCUCUCUCUUCUUUUUGACAAUGUAAGAAGCUUUUGAUUUAAAUUACUGCACUGCUUUUUUAAUGA